UCUAUAUUCGUUCCACAAACUUCCAAUUAUGGUUGGUUAUCAAAAACGGGGAAGAGGUGCCGAUGAAGAAAGUCGGAGAUAAGUUGAUCCCCAAGACCGAAGACGAAUUUGAUGCCGAAGACAUCAAGAAAGUAGAGAACUAUGCAAAGGCGAUUAACAUGCUCUACUGCGCGGUUAACCCCGAUGACUACCGCAAGAUCUCCUACUACUCAACCGCCAAGGAGAUGUGGGAUAAGCUUGAGGUGAUGUACGAAGGAACGGACCAAGUACGUGAAGCCAAGAUCGACUUUCUCACCCUAGAUUAUGAGAUGUUUAGGAUGAAGGAGUACGAAAAGAUCGAUGACAUGUUCGACCGCUUUUCCAAGAUAAUCAACGAUCUUCAUGCAUUAAAGAAGACCUACACUGAUAGGGAUCUUGUGCGAAAGAUCUUACAGAGCUUGACAUCCGAAUGGCGAUCUAAGGCCGAUGCCAUCUAUGAGUCAAUCGGCACAUCAAAUGUCACCAUCGAUAGUUUAAGAGGUAACUUAAAAACGUAUGAAUCUACUAUACUCAACCCGCCUUUGAAUGACCAAAGGAAAGGCAUAGCGUUGAAAGCCUUCAAAGAACCGACGAUGAAUGACUCAAGCAACGAUGAUGAAGUCAAGCUUGUCAUGAAGAAGUUUUGCAAACUUCUAAAGAAGAAAGAAAAGGUUGAGGAUGACCCUGUGUGCUAUGGAUGUGGUGAAGCCGGGCACAUCAAGAACAAAUGCCCAAGAAGCGGAAGGAAUGCUCGUCACUUCAAAAAGCAAAGAGCAUACAUCUCUUGGGGUGGAAACUCUUGAGAUGAGUCAAGCGAGCAAGAGGAAGACGAGGAAGCAAACCUUUGUCUCAUAGCUCAAGAAGAAGAGGAGUCAUCCAACGACGAAAACCAAGAGGUAUGUAUUUCUUUUACCGAUUCUUAUUCUUUUGAAGAAAUGCAAGAAGCUCUUCAAGAGCUUUAUGACGACUUUGUUAGCGCUUCUAAAACCAACAAAGUUUUAAAGAAACGUUUUUCUAAUCU